UGGCCUCUUGGCCCCAUCUUCCUUCCAUUCCUCUAUACUUUUAAUUUUUGUACCUUAGUUACCUAUAUUCUCAUCUCAUAUAUAUUAGGUCCAUUUCAGUGCAGUAGUCAGUAGAGUAGUACAUAUACUCAGAAAUGAUCAUGAUCAUGACCACCACCAUGACAAGGACCUACUUUUGUGCUGCUAUAUUAUUCACCCUUCUAAUGCUAAUGGCUUAUAGUCCCGCUACAAUCUUUGCCAGGCACAUAACCAGCUUUAGUUUGCCAGGUGGCGAUGAGCAUCCAGUUGCUGUAGUGGCAAACACAAAAGAUGGAAGCAAUGUGGGGAAAGAGAGGUUGUUUAGGGGACCGGACACUCUACAAGUGGCCGGUUCAAGGUUGCCGGAUUGCUCGCGAGCCUGUGGAUCUUGCUCUCCAUGCCGGUUGGUGAUGGUGAGCUUUGUUUGUUCAUCCCUUCAAGAGGCAGAGACAUGCCCUAUAGCUUACAAGUGCAUGUGCCAUAACAAGUCCUACCCUGUCCCUUAAUUAAUAUUAUAUAAUAGAAUAGAAUUCAACUCAUCAAUUCCAAUUUCAUAACCCGUGUAAUAUAUAAUAAUAGAUUUAACUUUUCCUUUCUUUUUAUGCUUCUCCAUUUCCAAAUUACUCUUUUCUCUUCAUAUGUUGUUGUUAAAUAUGUUAAACAGAGUGCUUGAGUGCUAUAUAUGACAUGGUUUUUUCGUAAUGGUGGGGGAAAUAAUAUUUUCCAGUACUACUUGUUAAGAGUUAAUGUUUAAUGUUUCUAAUUGCAUUUGUUUAUACAAUUUAUUAUAUAUGAUAAAACUUUAAGCAAAUAACAUCAGCGUUUGUAGUCCAACGGUUAGGAUAAUUGCCUUCCAAGCAAUAGACCCGGGUUCGACUCCCGGCAAACGCA